AUGGCUAACGUAUCGGAUUUGAAAUAUAUAACCGUAGCUACUCUUCGAGAGUGGCUCAAAAAAGGCAAGAGUGCAUCCAAUGAUAAGUUUGCCAUUGUAGAUGUGCGUGACUCCGACUAUGCUGGUGGCCACAUAAAAGGUUGCUUACACUUUCCAUCGGGUAAUUUUUACAAUUCUUUAUCCGAACUUAAGGACACUUUGGUUCAGCGCAAUGCUCGCGACGUGGUAAUCCACUGUGCAAUGUCCCAGUCCCGUGCGCCAAAGGCGGCGCUUACCUUUAUGAAAGAAACUGCGGGUCUCGAACACCCGUUCCGCGUCUGGGUGCUCAAAGGGGGUUUUACAAAAUGGGUGAUGGAGUACGGUGAGGACUCAGAAGUCACCGAGGACUAUGACAGAAGAUUCUGGGAUGACGACUACUGA